AUGUCUGCAACUGCUAAACACGACAACAACGCUAGCCCAAGAUCCAAUUCUGAGGACGGUCACCACCAUAAUAACAAAAAGGAAUGUGCUAUCGAGCAUCUGAAGGCACAGUUAAACAGCGCAUCUGCAGUCGCUUGGGGCUACCUUCAAGCUUUGGUAAAUAAGACGCAAGACGUGGCCAAAGUGUGUCUUCUGGAAUUGCAAAACCCGGUCGUCCUAGUUAACUUAUUGUUACACUCUUCAGUGGUAUGUUAUCUAUGUAACGGCUACGCAAAUCACAAUGUGAGGUUUUUGAAAGGAAAGCCCAACUCUACUGUUUUAGCAACAACCGCCGGUGCUUUGGGUCUUUUAACGCUUGACGGUAUAAUCUCAAAGAAGUACUAUUCCAAGUUCGACAAGAAAUAA